AUGACUGAGGACUUUGUGGUAUGCGGCGACUAUCCUAAACUUGCCAAGCAUCUCCCAGAAACCUCAAUAGAGACUGACCUCGAUUACGCUCCUGGUACAGGACAUACAAGCCCAGGUAGCACAUUCAGGUUGGGCCUGCUAGCGGAUGCAUCGAUAGCAAUCCGGCGAGAAGGCAGUGCACUAGAGAUAUCAGAGCCAGCAGAAUGUAUACCCCCAACUCAUCUCGCGCCUCGAGCACGAUGCCACGCACUAGAUGAGAGCACAGAAGAUAGGGUCAAAGGCCUGCUCGGGGUCGCAACCGACUCCCGCAUCCCACACGGCCCGACACAUCAGCCAUCUACUCAAAAACUUCUAAACACCUUACCCUCAUCAAUCCGCUCUCGGGCCUCCUCCCUCGACGAGCUCCGCCCCCUCCCCUUUCGCUGGCAAUUUCCAGUCGGUAAGCGCUACCGCAUCGGCGAUCCCGCUGCCUUUGCCGCGAUGAAAGAACGAAAUAUCGAAUGGUACGUAACAACGGGUGUGCUGGUGGAAGACUGCACCGGUCUAAGGUGGAAUGCUGGUACCUACAACUACCUCUUAUACUGGCACGUAGAAGGCAUGCCGGCGCCUGGAGAGGAAGAUGCGGGACAGAAGUGGUUGCGGAUAGAACCAGGCGUCGUGCGAGACUGGCAAAAAGAGAACUGGGAGGCCGAUUUUGGGGAGGCGGUGAUGGAUGUGGAAGACGAGCCUGCAACUCCCAUUGUAGAAGGUUUCAUCAUCAUGAACGAACCAUUGUCGCCGCUUAACAAGGUAAGUAGUGUUCCGCUCAAGAGCGCGCUGCGUAGUCAUAACGGGCCGCCAUCAUCUUCUCCAUCAACUCAAUCGGAUACUGGUUCUGGGUCACCGAAAAGAGAGAAAAAAGUGAAGUUUCAUCGGAAGAAGGGGAAGCGAACGGUAUUGUUGGAAGUGGAUGAUGAGGGUGUACCGCUGGAAGAGCAGGGAAAGAUUGUUGAAACGAGGGUGGAUGAGGUCGCUAACCUAAGUGAUGAUGAGGGGAGGUCGGCGAAAAAUUUACUGAAGGCGAAUUAA